AUGCAUAAUAACCAAAUUUUCAGUGAAUAUUCGAAUGAAAAUAACAAAUCACGUAAAUGGUGGCAUCGACGUUGGUUUAAGUUUGUUUGCAUCUCUUUGAUCAUUAUAACAAUAUUUGCAGUUAUCCUCUCUGUGGUAUUAAUAUCUGUCGGUGUUUCAUCGAAGAAAUCAGAGAAUGCUACUACUAUUACAAUAUCAUCAUCACUGACAACAAUAAUGAAAACAACAACAACAACGUUAUCACAGUCAACAGUAACAAUAACACUAUCAACAGAAGCAACGACUAUCACUACUACUCAGAAUUUAGGAUGGAUUAAUAGUAGUAAUAUGAAUUAUCCACGAUAUAGACAUACAGCAUCAAUAUUACCAGGAGGAAAAAUAUUAGUUGCUGGUGGAUUAGAUGAUAAUACCGCUAUAAAUACUGUUGAAUUAUAUGAUCCAUCAAUAAAAACUUGGACAACAACUAGUAACAUGAUUGAUAAACGAUGGGAGCAUACAGCAUCGAUAUUGAUAAAUGGAAAAGUAUUAAUUACCGGCGGAUAUAAUAAUGCUGCUCUAAAAAGUACUGAGUUGUAUGAUAUAUCAAAAGGAACGUGGAGACAUACUACCAGUAUGAAUCAUGCAAGAUAUUAUCAUACAGCAUCUGUAUUAACAAAUGGAAAAGUAUUAGUUACGGGUGGAUCUAUUAGUGGUAUUCCAAAUAGUGCUGAGUUGUAUGAUUCAUCAAUAGAAACAUGGACAUCUACCAGUAAUAUGUAUAAUGGAAGAUAUUAUCACACAGCAUCGAUAUUGACAAAUGGAAAAGUAUUAGUUACUGGUGGAUAUAACACUGGUGGUGCUCUCAACAGUACAGAAUUAUAUGAUUCAUCAGUAGGAACUUGGAAAAUUACUGGUAGUAUGCAUAAUGCUAGAUAUUAUCAUACAGCAUCUGUACUAACAAAUGGAAAAGUGUUAGUAACUGGUGGAUCAAAUGGUAGUGCUUUAAAAAGUGUUGAACUAUAUGAUCCAUUAUUAGAAACUUGGAAAAUUACUGGUAGUAUGCAUAAUGCUAGAUAUUAUCAUACGGCAUCUGUAUUAAUAAAUGGAAAAGUAUUAGUUACGGGUGGAUAUGAUGGUGGUGCUUUAGAUAGUGCUGAGUUAUAUGAUCCAUUAACAGAGAUUUGGACAACAGUUGAUAAUAUGAAAAAUAGACGAUGGGUACACACUGCAUCUGUACUGCCAAAUGGACAAGUUUUAAUAACUUGUGGAUAUGAUAAUCAUACUUUAGAUACUAAUGAAAUAUAUAAUCCAUAA